UUCCUGCUGUUCUCCAUCACCUCUCGAGUGCCAGCAGCACUGAUUAACAAAGCUGGAAGGGCAAGAAAAAGCUGCAGCACAGAGGAUUCCUGGAGACCAUCCUAAUCCAGCGUCUCUGAGCCAAAUGAACCAGCAGCAUCUUAUUCCCCCCUGUGGGAUUAAUCAGUGCUCGACCAGGCUCCAGGCAAGCGAGGUUGCCCACGAUGGGCUCGGUGGGAUCCGAGCGCUUCAAGGAGCUGAGCCCAGCGGGAACGCCGGAGGGGAAUGUGGUGAUGAGCUUCAGCUUCGACAGUUACCAGCUGGAGGAGGACGAGCUGCAGCGGGGCAGCCAGGCCAAGGGCGUCCUCACCUUCAUGGAGCCGGUUUCAGAGGAUCCUGAGCCGCAGGAUCGAUACCAUGGGAUUUACUUCGCCAUGCUGCUGGCCGGGGUGGGAUUUCUCCUGCCGUACAACAGCUUUAUCACCGAUGUGGACUAUCUGCACCAUAAAUACCCAGGGACCUCCAUCGUCUUCGACAUGAGCCUCACCUACAUCCUGGUGGCCUUGGUGGCCGUCAUCCUCAACAACGCGCUGGUGGAGCUGCUGAGCUUGCACACCCGGAUCUCUGUGGGCUAUCUCUUUGCCCUGGGGCCACUGCUCUUUGUCAGCAUCUGCGAUGUCUGGCUGGAGCUCUUCAGCCGCAGGCAAGCCUAUGCCAUCAACCUGGUGGCUGUCGGGGUGGUGGCCUUUGGCUGCACAGUGCAGCAAUCCAGCUUCUACGGCUACACGGGGCUGCUGCCCAAGCGCUACACACAGGGAGUGAUGACGGGCGAGAGCACCGCUGGGGUCAUCAUCUCGCUCAGCCGUAUCUUCACCAAGCUGCUGCUGUCAGACGAGAAGGAGAACACGGUCAUCUUCUUCUUCAUCUCCAUCGGCAUGGAGCUGACGUGCUUCAUCCUCCACCUCCUGGUCAAGCGCACCCGUUUCGUCCGCUACUACACCUCCUGCUCCUGCAAGGGUCUCCCUGAGGAGCGGGGAACUGGUGACAAUGGGACGGGAUACCGUGUCCACCACGAUGUCACGGCGGAGGACAUCCGCUUCGAGAACAGGCAACGGGGGCAGCCGAGCCCCCCCCGGGGCAGCCCAGGCCACGAAGCUGAGCUGGCUGGAAGCGGCACCUACAUGCGCUUCGAUGUCCCUCGGCCCAAAAUCAAGAGGAGCUGGCCCAGCUUCAGAGACAUGCUGCUCUACCGCUACGUCGUGUCCCGGCUCAUCUGGGCCUACAUGCUGUCCAUCGCCAUGACCUACUUCAUCACACUGUGCCUCUUUCCCGGGCUGGAGUCAGAGAUCCACAACUGCACACUGGGCGAGUGGCUCCCCAUCCUCAUCAUGGCCAUCUUCAACCUCUCCGACUUCGUCGGCAAGAUCCUGGCCGCCCUGCCCUAUGACUGGAGAGGGACCCACCUCCUCGUCUACUCCUGCCUCCGCGUGGUCUUCAUCCCCCUCUUCAUCAUGUGCGUCUAUCCCAACGGAAGGCCCACUUUUGGCCACCCCGCCUGGCCCUGCAUCUUCUCCCUCCUCAUGGGCAUCACCAAUGGCUACUUCGGCAGCGUUCCCAUGAUCCUGGCUGCUGGCAAAGUGAGCCCGGAGCAGCGGGAGCUGGCAGGGAACACCAUGACCGUGUCCUACAUGACAGGCUUGACGCUGGGCUCGGCCGUGGCCUAUUUUGCCUACAGCCUCACCAGUACAUCCCACAGCAGCUGUUUCUACACCGAGACCUCCAACAGCUCCUUUACGUUGGGGUACUGAGCCCCACCGCAGGGUGAUGGGGACAAGAUGGGACCUGCUUCCCACCAUGGUCCCCAUCGCCCUGCCUGGCCCAUGUCCCUCCAUGGAGAGGGAGCCUGGAGCCAGAAAGCUGUCCCAAAGACAGGGACCAGAAUCCUGUUGGCAUGGGGUUGUGGCAUCCCGAAACAGCCUGUGCUGCCCGGACAGGCACUGCACAGGGCCACUUUUUAGGGUGACACUGCUCUUGGGGGGCUCCCCAUCUCUAGUGGAGGCAAGGAGGUGUCUCCUCUUGUUUGAGCCAAGCCAUUGCCAGGAAGAAGAAAAUACUGCCAAAUGCCAAAGGGAAUAGGACCAGCGCUGGGGAGGAGGGUGAUGGGAGAGCUGGUGAGGAAGAGGAGCAGCAUGAGAGGAAGGAAAAGCUCCUUCAGUCCCCAGUGGCUCUUAGGUGGGUGUCAGCCUUCAUUGAUGGUGCUGUAGGUUUUCACCAGUAGCUUGAAAUCACAAUCCCCCAACCCAGAUAUGCCAAUUGCUGUGUUAAAAACCCAACUCACUUCUGCUGGUUGGAAAAAAAUACCUUUUUUUUGGUUGUGUUUUGGUUUUGGCCCCCCCCAACUGUGAAAGAGGCAGGGUCUUGUCUUCCCCUGCACCACUGCAAUGGGGCAGAGGUGGGUCUCAAAGCCACAGCACUGCAGAUGCCACUGCUGAGCUUCAGGGUUUAGUGCAAGGGACAUAAGCGAAGCUGAUGCCAUAGCAAAUGUCUUUGCAAUGAUGCCCAAUUUGGCUGAGCUGGCCACCACACACAUGGUGAUGCCUGCUCCAGGCCUGUGGGGUCUUGGGGUGCCCCUUGUGCUGCUCCCCAUCUCCAGUGUCCCCUCUGUCACCUGGGGCAGCCGGACUUGCCACCAGGUCCCAUCGAACCCCUGCCAGCCUAAAAACCACUGCAGAAGGUGGCAGCAAGCAGGAAUGGGCUGAGCAGAGCCAAAAUCAUCUGGAGAAGGUGCCACCACCCGAGGCUGAUGCUUUUGGGACUGGCAGCACCUCUCUGUGCCAGGAUUCUGGUGCCACCUCCCAAGGAAGCAAAGCCCGAGGGCUGGGGGAAGCAGCGAGCACCAGGCUUGGCACCACCAGCACCGCAGGGUCUCGCUGUGCCAAGCGCCAACAGAAUGAGCAAAUCCAGCGUUUCAUCCUCAAAACAUCAUCCCUGCAGGGCUCAGGGUUCAGGAGUGUAGCCACAGGCCUCGCACCCCUCCUGCCCCACAGGACCUGUGUGUCAGGGUCCAUCCUGUCCAUCAGAGGGACCAUCAGACGGAGGGCGGUUUCCCUAAGGUGCCACUCAGCGCCUGGGUCAGGUCUUUACCCCGACCAGAGCUGAGCCACCGAGGGGAGGCAAAACCCGGCUGUUAGAAGUGAGACAAAGAAAAGAUGCUUCGUGGGGAAUGCUUUCGGUUGGUUUUUUUUUUUUUUUUUUCAAUUAAUUUUCUUUUUUUGUUUUUAUGAAAAAAGAUCACACGGAGUUCUCCAACAAACAGAAUGCCAAAAAAAUCGCUUUAAACGACGACGACGACAACAAAAAAACAUAAACCAAAAAAAAAAAAAAAAAAAGACAAAAACCUGGCUCUCCUUUCCUCUCGAUUGUCUGAAAUAUCCUUGUGUUCCAUAGAAGGCAGUGGGUUUUAAGUGCUUUCUAUUUAACAUUAGCAUAAAAUCUCUUUCUCUCUCUCUUGCGCGCGCGUUCUCUCUCGCUCUUUAAAAUAGGCUCACACGGUUUGCUUCUACAAGUACAGUACACGUUGAGCGGGGGGGGUGUAUGGGGGGGUGUGUGUGUGCCUGUUCCCAGAUCAUUUACAAUCACAAUCCAACAGGAAAUAAAAAAUAAGAUUCUAAAGGUCA